AGCAAACAGGCAGCUUGGUCUCGGCAUGCACCUGGGAUCCCUCAUCCUCACUUUCCUUUUGGGGACACUGCUGGGCACCAUGGGGCAGAUCACUGUCACACAGCCUGAAAGAGAAGUUACACUGAAGCAGAGGGACAUUUUCCAAACUACCUGCACAUACCAGAGCUCUUAUUUUCAAGGCUUGCUCUGGUACCAGCAGAGGAGAGGCCAAGCUCCCCAGAUGCUGUCGUAUCAAGCAAGAUCUGACUCCCAGCUCAAUGGCCGUUUAAGGACCGUGCUGAACACCACAGGGAAAUACAGCCUCCUGCAGCUGGAGGCAGUCGACGCCUCUGACAGUGCCUUGUACUUCUGUGCUGAGAUGCUGUGUGAUUAUGGUUCUGCCAAUAACAAGCUGACAUUUGGCUCUGGGACCAGACUGUCCAUCCACCCCAAUAUCAUUCCAUCUCCUUCAGCCUACAGGCUGGUCUCUGAAGAUGAUGAGGAUUUGGAAAUGUGCCUUAUCACAGAUUACGCCCCUGAAAACCUUACCUUUCACUCAGGUGAUAAGCAGACAAAUGCUAUCGUGGAGGUGACAACACUCGACAAUGAACAGGAAGCAAGCUACCUGUCAACCUACUGGGCCAAGAAAGAUGAAAUGCAAUGUGGUGCAAAUCACGGGGGCUUUGGAGAGCUGCAGGGAGAGGAUCCUGAAAGUGGUGCCAGCCAUGUCUGUGUUACAGGGAUGUCUCUACACUUCAGGACAGAUGAAAAUCUGAACCUGCUGUCUUUAUCACAGCUGUGCCUGAAAACAAUUUUAAUGAAAGGAAUAAUUUUUAAUGCAGUGAUGACGAUGCUUAUGUGUAAAAAAAACAAAUGAAAGUUACCAGAUGGUGCAGUCCUGAAGUACCAAAAAAACACCUGCUGAGGACUCUUUAGCAGAGCACUGUGUGCAAGAGGAAACACAGGCUUUCCUGCUGCAUGGGACAUCACUUGCUCUUUCUGUGUAUCAUGCCAGCUGUUACAGUCUGAAUUGCUUUACUUGCAUUGUUAUACAGCUACUCAAAAAUACGCUUAAAACUUUCAUCAUUCUUCCACCACAGAUGCCUGAUUCAUUUAACGUGACAGUGCCUGGUUUUAUGCAUGAGCCAUACUUUGCUGUAAAUUGCCAAACAUCAAUAUUACUUGCAUUAAAAUGACACACAAUUUCUGCUUGAGGCAGUGCUGUUUGAUGAAAACUGCAAGUGAGAUAUCACUUGUGUGUGAUUUGUUCAUAUUUUGGUAGCUUUCAGGUAUGCUCCUCGUAGUGUCUGUGGGAGUGCAUUCUAUUUCCCCAAGGAACUUACUCAGGGUUCUGGGCACCAUGGCUUCCUACCUUUUGCUACGUCAGAGCAAGCUCUUUUCCCUUUUUUUCCCCUCAAAUGAAGUCCUGAAUUCAGUGACAUUCUCACUCAUUAACACAGAACAAGAGAAUGUCUUCCAGUAUUUUUUUUACAUCAGUCUGCCCUUAACAUUUUGAAUUUAA